UUGUCGAACAAACCCCCUUUGGCUUUACAUAACAACAACGUCAAGGUUAGGUUUCUGGUGCUGGGUAUCAAGUAUUCAUCAAGCUGGAUUUAGACGGUAUUUCAAAAGGCACCCUCACAAAUUUAGUCAUAGCUAUUAUUUGCUGAAAGAGUAACAACGGUUGCAUCCACAGGAAAGUUUAUUUCGAGGUUUUACCAUUGAAUCACUUGCUAUAUUAAAAACAUCAAUACAAUUCAAUCAUGUCUUCACUGCCGAACUCUAAUAAUAAGAGAGCUGUCUCACAAGAAGCUAAUGGCUCACCAAACUCUUCGGCUGCCGGUGCAAAAGAAGCUAAAGACAAAGCUGAUAGAUUAGCAAAGAGACAAAAAAUCACACUAUCUUGUACAGAAUGCAGAAGAAGAAAAAUCAAGUGUGAUCAUAAGAAACCAGUUUGUGAAAAUUGUAUCAAGAAAAAUUUACAAGAACAAUGUACUUAUUCAACUUCGCCUUGGAUUCAAAUUAUAUCAAGUGAAAAUCAAAUUUAUGAGGAAAUUGAAUCUUUGAAAAGAGAAAAUGAUUUAUUAAUGAAAAAUAUCGCGUUGUUGAAAGAACAAUGUGGUAAACUAAAUGUUGAUUCCAAUUCAUUGUUAAGUUCAAAUAGUGCAGGUGAAUUAAGCAGUGGUAGUACUGCUUCACCAAUAUCAAAUUCUCAAUUGACUCCAUCAUCAACAACGUCAUCCGCACAAUCUACAGCUCAAUCAAAAGAAGAUACAAUUGCCAAACAACUAUCAAACUUAUUACUCAAAUCUAUCGUUGGUAGAAUUCGCUCACAAGAUGUUCAGUUGAUUAAUAUUCCACCAAAGUAUAAUUCCCCAUUAACUCCAAUGUUAACUUUGAAAAUCAAUAAUGACAAAAAUUAUAAAUCAAUCUUCUUGAAUCAAUUGUUGAUCAACUAUUUACCAAAUUUUCAAAUGAUUGAAUAUCAUAUCAAUUAUUUUUUCAAGUCAAAUUUCCACAAAAACUUGCAAAUUAUAAGUCAAUCUCAAAUCAUGGAAACUUUUCAUAGAAUUUUCAACCAACAUUCAAAUAAAAUUGAAAUUGAUUCCAAAAGAGAAAUUCAAGAUUUUUUACAAUUGGCAAUCAUUUUAACGAUUUUGAAAAUCACUUCAGUUUAUAAAGAUACACCAUUUAAUGAUCCAGAAAAUAAAUUGAUUUUAUACAUUGAUGCAGCUUUGGGAUUUGGUGAAUUGAUUACAAGAUCUUCAAUUCCUGCUUUGCAAGCUGUUAUUUUGUUGAACUCUUAUAGAUUGUUUGUUGAAGAUAUGAAUGAAAUUGAUUUAUAUUUCUUGAUUCAACUAUGUCAAGACUUUGCCAUUGCUAUCGGUUUACAUAAAAACAUUGAUGUUUUGUAUGAGGAUAAAUCAGUUGAAGAAAGAGAGAUGUUGAAGACAAUUUGGAAUUGUUUGAAUGAUGAAUAAUUUAUUGUUUUUUGUUUGAAUACUUUUUGUGGUUUAUGUUUUGGUUUUUGCUCGAGAAAGCAAAGGAUUAAUGGCCCUUCCUUCACUAAUGUUGUAACUUGUUAAUAAAACUCUGCUUUUUUAAUGUACACCAUUUACAUCUGUAGCUCGUAAAAUGUUUUUCUCUGUCAUUAUCUCG